AUGGAUCAACUCAUAAACAACUUGGGGGUCCAACUUAAUUCAGAAAGUGGCUCAAUGCAUGUCCUCAAACAGGUCACUGGCUCUGUUCAUAUCAGAGAUCCUCCUAAGAUAGAAGAUAGAGGGAAUAUGACAUCUCCACCAUUCCCAGAUGCCAGUCCCAUGGAGAACCCAGCAUUAUUUAGUGACAUCAAGAUUGAGCCCCCAGAAGAACUUCUGGCUAAUGAUUUCAACCUGCCCCAGGUGGAACCAGUUGACCUCUCUUUUCACAAGCCCAAGGCUCAUCUCCAGCCUGCCAGCAUGCUGCAACCCCCAAUAUUCACUCCCAAGCCAAAGCCUGCUCUCCAGACACUUGUAGUGUCCACUUCAACAUCUGACACAGGCACUUCAGCAAAUAUCCCUACUGUUCUGACUCCAAGGUCUAUCCUGGCAUCCUCUCAAGGAACUGGUGGCCAGCAGAUCUUUCAUGUGAUUCACAGCAUCCCUUCAGUCAGACUACCAAAUAAGUUGGGUGGCCUAAAGACCAUCCCAGUAGUGGUACAGUCACUUCCCAUGGUGUAUACUACUUUGCCUGCUGAUGGGGGCCCUGCAGCCAUUACAGUCCCACUCAUUGGAGGAGAUGGCAAAAAUGCUGGAUCAGUGAAAGUUGACCCCACCUCCAUGUCUUCACUGGAGAGCCCAAGUGACAGUGAGGAGAGUGAGAUUAAGAGUGGAUCCUCAGCUUUACAGGGUAUUCAGGGACUACAGCAAGAACCAUCAGCAAUGACCCAAAUGCAGGGAGAAGAGUCUCUUGAUUUGAAGAGAAGACGGAUUCACCAAUGUGACUUUGCAGGAUGCAACAAAGUGUACACCAAAAGCUCCCACCUGAAAGCCCACCGCAGAAUCCAUACAGGAGAGAAGCCUUAUAAAUGCACCUGGGAUGGCUGCUCCUGGAAAUUUGCUCGUUCAGAUGAGCUCACCCGCCAUUUUCGCAAGCACACAGGCAUCAAGCCCUUCCAGUGCACAGACUGCAACCGUAGCUUCUCUCGCUCUGACCACCUAUCCCUGCACCGCAGGCGCCAUGACACAAUGUGA